AGAGCUAACAGGCACGACGACACCUCUCACACACACACACACACACACACACACAUUAACGUUACCCAGCGAACGACAGGAGAAGGAGCGAGGCGAGACACACACAGAUACACACACACGGCGGAAAAGCUCUGUUUUUGUCAUGGAGCGAAAAGUAGCUCGAGAAUUUCGUCACAAGGUUGAGUUGCUGAUUGAUAAUGAGGCAGAGAAGGAUUACCUGUAUGAUGUUCUGCGCAUGUAUCAUCAGUCUAUGGAGCUACCUGUUCUGGUGGGGGACUUGAAGCUGGUGAUCAAUGAACCAAACCGUUUACCUCUGUUUGAUGCCAUCCGUCCUCUCAUUCCUCUCAAACACCAGGUGGAGUAUGACCAGCUUACUCCCAAGAGGUCCAGGAAGCUAAAGGAGGUGCGUCUGGAUCGCAUGCACCCUGAAGGCCUGGGCCUGAGUGUACGAGGUGGGCUGGAGUUCGGCUGUGGACUCUUCAUCUCCCAGAUUGUCAAAGAUGGACAGGCUGGAAACGUGGGCCUUCAGGUGGGGGAUGAGAUUGUUCGCAUCAAUGGCUACUCUAUAUCCUCCUGCAUCCACGAGGAGGUUAUCAACCUUAUCAAGACCAAGAAAAUUGUCUCACUGAAAGUCAGACAUGUCGGAAUGAUCCCAGUUAAGAGCUCCUCUGAGGAUCCUUUGAAGUGGCAGUUUGUGGACCAGUUUGUUUCUGAAUCAGGGGAGAAGAAGAACAGUAUUGCUGGCAUGGCCUCAUUAGGAGGAAAAGAGAUUAAAGAGAAGAAGGUGUUCCUCAGCCUUGUUGGUACCACAGGCAUGGGCAUCAGCAUCUCGAGUGGUCCCACUCAGAAGCCCGGGAUCUACAUUAGCAACGUAAAGCCUGGUUCUCUGUCAGCAGAAGUGGGCUUACAGGUUGGUGACCAGAUUGUCGAGGUCAAUGGGGUGGAUUUUACUAACGUGGAUCACAAAGAGGCAGUUCGAGUGCUGAAGAGCAGCAGGAGCCUCACCAUCACUGUCCUCACUGGGGCUGGCAGCGAGUUGUUUAUGACAGAUGAAGAGAAGCUGGCAGUGGAAGCUCGGCGGGAGCUGGAUCGUCAGGAGCUCAUGCACCAGAAGAGAGUGGCCCUGGAGACCAACAAGAUCAUCAAAGAGCAGCAAGAGAAAGAGCGCCAGAGAAAGAUGGAGAUUUCACAGAAGACUGCAGAUGAAGAGGAACGAUACAGAAAGGAGAUGGAAGUGAUUGAAGCUGCUGAGAGAAAGCACAACAGAGAGUGGGAAGAAGACUGGGGUUCUAGAGGGAGGUCCAAAAGCCCAUCCCCUGCUCCUUCUCCUUCACCCCCAUCCCAUUCCCCACCUCCUUCCAAACCCAGGAGCUCUGCUCUCAACUGGUUUUACCGUUAUGAAGGAAAGUUGCCUACUCUCAGAAAGAAAGGAAAAGAGACCAAAAAGAAAAAGAAGAAGAUGUCCAAGACAGACACGCUCCAGGGAGAACGAAAGAGCAAGAAAGAAAUGGAGUUUGAGCUGAAGUUGGCCAAAGAGAAGGAGGAGAUUCUAGAACGAGAGAAACAGAUGAAAAUCAGUCGACUCUUGCAGGAGGUAUCUGAGACGGAACGAGAGGAUCUGGAGGAAUCGGAGAAAGUGCAGAACUGGGUGGAGAAGCUCUGCCAGACUAGACUGGAGCAGAUCUCCUCAGUGGAGAAUGAUUCUCCUGAGAUGUCUCCAACUCGUUCUCCCAUGGUUGUGAGAAGAUUCCCCGGAGGUCUGCAGCUGGCCACGACCGACCUGGACGACAUCAACCUCGAUGAUGUGGACGAGAGUCUGAGAAAGCCUCUGAAAAGACUGGCUCCUACUCCGCCCACAUCCACCCAACCCCCACCACCUUUACCUCUUCCCCCACCCUCACCUCGCCUCCACCAAACCUCUAUCCACCCCUCUCCUUCACCCAGACCCUCCUUGACUCCAUCCCGCCCUGCUCCCCCCUCCCCUAGAAUGCCUCCUCAGCGUCCACCUUCUCCACCCGCUUCCAGGGUGCAUCCGUCUUCAAUCAGUCGAGCAAGGCAUCCCAUUCCUCCUUCCCGAAUUCAACCUCAGCCUUCCUCCUGGGCUACAUCAUCCUCUCACCCUCCACCUCCUCCACCACCCCCUCCUCCUCCUCCCCCACCACCACCUCCACCUCCUCCUCCACCACAGCACGAAGAGGACAAGUACCACACCGUGCCGCCCAGAUACCGGCGCCUCUCCGAAAAUGAAUGGGAGGGCAAUGGCUUCAGGCAGCGAGGGGGCUUCCACAUGAACGCGUCCAGUAAUCCUACCUACCCUGGUGGUGCAAAGGUUAUGAGAAACACUUCUCAUGCCAGCAGAAUAUCAACGUCCAGCAAUUCACUGCAAAUGGCCCCAAGCCCUCCAUCCCAGAGGAGACAGAUAAACCCAGUCAUGUCAAAACCAGUCAUGCUGCCCCAAUCUCAAACCCCAAACAGACCUGUAUUACGCCCAGAACCCACGUCGCCACAGAUGCUGAAACGGAUGGUGGUGUACAAUACGUCCUUUAAAUCCAACAAGAAACAAGUAACCAGAGGAUUCCAGAAAUACGUGGAUGACUUUGACCCGUACUCCAUGUUCACCCCUGACCAGAUAGUUGGGAAAGAUGUGCGGCUGCUGAGAAUUAAGAAGGUUGGGAAUCUGGACCUGGCUGUAGAAGGCGGAGUUGACUCUCCACUGGGAAAGCUUGUAGUUUCAGCUGUUUAUGAGGGAGGCUCGGCUGACAGGCAUGGUGGGGUGGUACCAGGGGAUGAGAUCAUGGCGGUCAAUGGAAAGAUUCUGACAGAUGUGACCUUGACUGAAGGGCAGAACUCUUUAGCCCGAGCCUACAACAGUGGAGGGGAUUGGAUCGAUCUGGUCAUAGCUGUGUCUCCGCCAAAAGAAUAUGAAGAUGAGGUCCCUAAAGCAGCAUCAGUCAGUCCCACUGCAAACAGAAAGGUUUUCCAGGGCAGUGCCUCAUUGUACAGGCAUGGCUAUGUGCUCCAGGUGAAAGCCCCUGGCCCCACCCCCUGAUCAACUAUCUACCCUGGGACCUUCUUCUAAGUCCCGUUCUCUCAGCCUGUGGAAACAUGAGGACCAGAAAUAUUCAAGCAACAUUCCUGUGUCUGUUUUUGUUAAGUAGUUUUAAUAAAAUAUGUGUAAAAAUGUUCAGUUUGUAAAGAUAGAUCACAUGUUCACAGAAAAAUGGUCACACAUACUACAUUUAUACAUUGUAUAUUGUCAUGAUCACUUUUCAAGAGAAUGUGGAUGUGGCAGUUAUGGAUUACAGUGUGUGAUACAGUAGAAAUGAAUGGACCAAAAUAAAUGCAUUAAAAUUACUUGGAAUAAAUUUUUUCCACAGACUGAUA